UCGAGUCCUCUCAGCGGGAACUCAUCAGAUUUUUCCUUGUCACGCGCAGACGAGAGAAGUUGUUUUACCUCUGUCAAAUCCUGCUUUAUGUUGCUGUACUGGAUUUAGGAAUUUCUUUCGUUUGACCGAGGCCCUGCCGUGGGGUUUAUGCGAGCUGGCCCAAGUUUUUGAAUUAAAUUAGCAUUUCACAACAGAAAACCUGCAUAAUUUAUGCAAGUUUUUCCCGCGCUUCCCAUGUCUCAUGGGAUAGCGUGCUUCCGGGUUAGUUUUACUGUUGCCAUCCAUGAUCUCAAGACCUCAUUUUGGCGAUGUUAUCGAAUUUUCAAGAGGAACACGCGAUCAAGUGAAUUGCUUUAUACCUCCAGAUAAGAACAUUAUCUGAAUAAAGCAAGCUGCCGUCAUGAAGAUAACCUUUUUGACUGAGGAAUGGACUCAAUCGACCAAAGGCAGUUGUUCCACCUUCAUGAGACAGAUGGCCAUAGAACUCUCUAGACUAGAAAAUGUAGAAAUUGGUAUUUUAAUUCCAAGUGCCAGUCCAAAUGAUAAAGUAGAUGCUGAAAAAUAUAACAUCAAGGUUUUUGAACCUGAAAACUAUCCAGGCUUUGACCUAGUUGAUUGUCUGCAGUUUCCUCCACAAGGAUUUAGCACUGACUUUAUCAUUGGUCAUGGCAUUAAGCCUGGAUGUCAUGGACAGGUCCUUAAGAAUAAACUUAGCUGUAAAUGGGUGCAUGUGGUCCUGAGAAAUGCAGAAGAAAUAGCAGUGUUCAAGGAAACCCCAGAUGCCAUUCCUGAAGGGCAGAAACAGCAUGAAACUGAGGUCAAAUUGUGUAAAAAUGCUGAUGUAGUUUUAACAGUUGGCUCUAAACUCAAUGAGACCUUCAAACCUGCUCUGCAUCAGUGUAAGAAAGAUCAUAUAUUCAAUCUUAUACCUGGCAUUUUUGAUGAGUUUUUUGGUGAGCAGAAGCAAUACCGAAAUCCAAAGAACUUUGAAAUCUUAGUGUUUGGCAAAGGGAACACCGAAGACUUUAAACUUGAAGGUCUUCAUGUUGCUGCCGAAGCUGUGGCACAUCUUAAUAAGUACGAGCCAUCAUACAAUCUCAAAGUUGUUGGUGCCCCUGAGGGAGAACAAAAAAAACUGGCUAAGAAGUUGAAAGGUCUUGGGAUCUCUCUUAAUCAUCUGAUUGUGAGAAGUUUUUACAAAGAAAGAGGACAACUGGCUCAGCUAUUUUCAGAAGUGGAUCUUGUUUUGAUGCCUUCAGGUACAGAGGCAUUUGGUCUCACAGCUUUGGAGGCAUUGUCAGCAUGUGUACCAAUCCUUAUUACCCAUAAUUCUGGCUUGGCAGAGGCUCUAAAGGAAGUACCUUUUGGGCGUGGAUGCAUAGUACAUCAAGAAGCUGACUGGGCUGAAAAAAUCAAACAAGCAAGAAAAAAUCUGAAAACUGGAUUAGAAGAGGCAAGCAUGCUACGCGACAAAUAUAAAGAGAAAUACUGUUGGCGGGACCAAUGUGCUGCUUUUGUGAAGAAGCUUAGGGCCUUGCAUUCAGGACAUGCUGAGGAAAUGCAACAGGAGUCCCAAUACAAAAGGCAUUCAGCUCAAAAGCGAGUGGCUGUUGCUGAUGUAAAGAAGGAGGAGAGAGAUAAUGAAGAUGGCCACAAAGCAAAGAAGAGGCAAGAAAUUUUUGUUUGGAUCCUAUGUCACCCUAAAUUUGUGGUUUAGGGGGUGAUAUUAUAAGGAGAA